CGCUUUGUCGCCCAGUUGAAGACACUUGCGUAAGAAUGGGAUUCUAUUUCCAAAAAAAAACUCUCGUUUUGCCGAUAUCCGCAUCUUGGUUUCUUCACAUUUUAUCUCGAGUCCAGCGUAUUGUCCUAUUUGCAGAUCACUUUGGUCUGCAAUCAAACCACCCUGCACAAAUCUCAAAACUAUCAUACAUAGAAAAUUGGUCCACGUCGACAUCUCUGUUUCGUUGGAGAAAAAAACAUCCAAGUCCAUCAAAUGCAUGCACACAACAGGUGUCCUUAUCAGACAACAUGAGCGACAGAAAACCAUGUGGAAGGCAUCCACAAAACCGGAACUUAAGAUCGUUGCGAGGUCUCCACACGGACUAAUAACAAAUCAACUCCACAGUUGUUUAACAGACACACCGAACCCUAACGCUGACUAUAAUCGUACGAAAAUAAGGUUAACCGAGAUGAACAACACAGCAGCAAUCGACUGGGGGACAGAUCACAACCCGGGUUUGACCAACGGGUCCGAGUCCUUACUGAGACGGGUCCACUCCGGGCUCGAUCCGCCGGAUUCGAGAUGCUCCAUAGUGAGCGGAGACUACCUCUACUACCACUACGGCUGUGACGGCCAGGACGACCGAGGUUGGGGAUGCGGCUACCGCACCGUGCAGACCAUGGCCUCCUGGCUGUGCUUCAGCUGUGAGUCAGGUCGACCCCCUCCGAGCCUCCCGGACAUCCAGCAGUCCCUGGUCUCCAUGGGCGAUAAAGAGGACUCGUUUAGGGGGUCCCGGGGAUGGAUCGGGACGUUUGAAGCGUCGCUCGUUCUCGACUUCUUCUACGACGUGCCGUGCAGGGUGGUGCAUGUGCGGGGUGGCGGUGCGGAGCUGGAGGAGGUGGCCGUCCAGGAGCUCCAUCGGCACUUUGAGACGCACGGGUCCCCGGUGAUGAUGGGAGGGGACAGGGACAACUCGUCUAAAGGGAUACUGGGAGUGUGUAGUGGGAAGCAUGGGAGCAGUGUUUUGGUAGUUGACCCGCACUACUACGGAAAGCCGCUGGACAAAACUGAGUUGCAAACGCACGGUUGGGUUCGUUGGAUAAAAGUUUCGUUCCUUGACCAAUGCUCUUUUUACAAUUUGUGUCUUCCACUCACUGGGAAGAGACACGUUUAAUGGCUCGCUCACUUGUAGGCCCGCAGUAAAGGAGAUACGGCGCCACGGUGUGGCCAAGAGAGUUGUUGCACUAAUGUACCGCACAGAUGUAGAGAAGCGAUUUUGUUCAAGCUUUUUAUAAAGUUAUUUAACAAAUAAUGUAUAAGUCUGCUGGAAUAUCACAGGUCUCUCUUGUGCUAUUCAUUAAGACCAAAAUAAAUCUGAUAUUCAUUUCGAUGUUAUCUUUG